AUGGGUUGUGUCAAGUCGACUUUGUCUGAGCAUGAAUUGCAUUGGAAAGGAGUCGAAACUGCUGCUGCUGCUGCUGCUGCUGCUGCUGCUGCUGCUGCUGCUGCUGCUGCUGCUGCUGCUGAUACUGCGGCUGCAGCAAUGUGCAUCGAGUUUGGACUCAUACGAAUUCAACCCGUGUUUCCAGGACACCAGGUACCAUGUUCCAGCGAACGCAGUCUCGCAUUCAACCGCCUUCUCAACUUUUGCAGCAUUCCAACAUUAACAGUUAUGCGGUUAAUUAGAUUACGUGGCUUUCUCCUCCUCCUCCUCCUCCUCCUCCUCCUCCUCUUCUUCUUCUUCUGCAUCUCCUCCGCAUUACCACGAAGCGCAACCACUAGCGCGCACGUUAAUUAA